UUUUCCUGUUAUCAGAAUUUAUACAUAUUUUUGACAAUGUGUCUUCCCGUUUACGGAAAUAUUCUAUUGCAUAUCAGAAACCAAUACAAAAAUUAAAGAAAUCAUGGAAUUUAUUAUGACUUUGGUUUGCUCUUUUCCAAAUUGGUGUCGAAAAUGUUCCCAUGUAAUUAUUGAUAAAGCUUCCAAAGUGAUCGAUGUCAUUUGGGAUCAGUGUUAUAAAACACAAAAGUAUGAGAUGACGGUCAAUAACUUCUCAGGAGCUCUGCUCCACGAGAGAAACAUUUCUUGUUGUGAAGGAAACAUCAAAAUACGGUACUUUCAAGAGAAAGUUGAUCUUCCAACAUUGUCCACAAGAGGCGGAAGUGUUUUGCAUGAUCUGACUGAACCCUUGCACAACAUGACCACCUACACCAAUCGGACACAUGCCGAGGAACCAAUCUCACCACAGUCCACCAUAGUCAUCGCUUCUGUCGCGAUAUCGGGGAUCCUAGUCAUAAUUGUUCUCGUUUUUGCCAUUGUGAUAUGUAGAAAGAAAAAAUGAAUAAACCAAUUAAAAUUCCUGAUUAU